UGUUGUGAUCUGUUUUGUUAUUACAGCGUUACGGAAAAUUGUUCGAAAUCAAUCUAAAAUGGUACAAAAAUCUUUUAGUGAAGCAGAAAGCGAGCAUAGGGUUUGGAGAAAUGCUUCAAUGUUUCCUAGAUCGUUGCAAUUCAGCAGAGAUCUAUUGUACCCUGGAUACGCAGAAAAAACUGUGAUACACAAGAUGCAACGGCCCAAGGUAUCCACUAUAUUAUCAUCUGUGGAAACAAACCGAGGCAAAUCGUCUUAUUCCAGAAUAAAAGUAGGACGGAAGGAAAAUCUAUUGCCCAGCGAACUUAGAAUGGCGAGGAAUACAUCAAAUAAGAAUAUAUCAACAUUUUAUUCAAGCAAUGCCUUUCUUUCGGCUCUGAAUAGUAAUAAAAGUAAUAAUAAUGCACUUCCUGAAGAUAUAGCUAUAUAUUACCAGAUACCUACACAGUCUCAAUAUUUUCUAACGUCUGGAGAUCACCAUUUACAAAACACUGAACAUAAAGGCAACAGUAAAGAAAACACUAUUGUCAUACCUGAACUUCCACAGACACGUAAAGAAAAUGAGAGUGUUAUAAUAAAAAGAAUUUUUAAGACCCCAACCGAUGAUGAAGUCAAUACUGAACACUAUGAAAACUCAAAUCAACAAGACAUUGAUAAAACUGAUUUCCUAAUAGAGGAAUUGAUCUUAGAUACCAAAUCCAAGUACAGCUAUAAUAUAUCUGAGAAUGCGCAUACUUGUACAAUUUUACAGGAAACAAAAGCAAAUAUUGAUGCACAGGAUAAAUUUUUAAACUUUGACAUAGAACCAGUUUGGAUGAAGAAAAAACAUUUUUGGAACAUUAUAUUUGAUAGUCGCUAUGAAUCUUUAAUGAGAAGUCAAAAAUGGCCAGCUUUAAAGGUUAUAUUAAUUCCUCGCACCCACGUGGACUCCAUCUGGAAACAAUCUUUCGAAUAUUAUCAUAAUAACAGCGUCAACAAGAUUUUAUCAAAUAUUGUUAAGAAACUCCAGUUUUAUAGUAAUUUAACAUUCACAUGGCACGAAGUGUCUCAUUUGAGUCAGUGGUGGAAAACCACUUCGAAAAAGAGUCGUUCGGCGUUUCGACGACUGGUAAAAGGAGGCCGUUUAGAAAUUACUACAGGAGGAUGGAUAGAACCCGAUGAAGCGACCACUCAUAUCUUUGGGCUGAUACAUCAACUAGUCGAAGGACAUCAAUGGUUAAAAUAUUAUUUGAAUUAUUCUCCGAAGGUCGGUUGGCUUACAAACAGCGUGACUCACAGUCCUACAAUGGCUUACCUACUAUCGGCUUCUGGAAUAUUCAAAUUAAUAAUAACAAAUCUUCACUUUUCCUGGGAACAAUAUUUAGCGGAAUAUCAACAUAGCGAUUUUGUGUGGAUCCAAAACUGGGACAGUGAUAAAACUUCUGCAACGAUCAUUAACGAUGCACUGAAUAAGAUCGGACAUGAGCGUUUUCCAAAACAAUCCGUUUUGACUCAUUAUUUACAAUUUAAUUCAGCUGGGUUUAGAGCUUGUGGUCCAAACAACGCAGUCUGUACUAAUGAUUUUAAUUUUGGUAUACUCAACAAAAAUUUCGAUAUAAACCUAUAUAAUCUUAAAGAAAAAGCAGAAUUAUUACUAGAACAAUAUUCAAAAACUGGAACAAUUACUCCACAUAACGUUAUCAUCGCUCCUAUUGGAGAUCCAUAUUGCUACGAAUCUCAAUCUGAAUUUGAUUACCAAUAUAUGAAUUACCAAAAACUAGCGGAUUUUAUAAAUGUAAACAGUAAUAUCUACAAAGCUACAAUUCAGUUUGGAACACCCAAGGAUUACUUCAAUAGCAUUAUUGAGAAACAUAAAAACUAUCCAACAUUGAAAGGAGACUUUCUUAAUUUCGCUGAUUUAACCUCAGGAAGGUCCGCGUACUGGGUUGGAUUUUUCACAUCUCGACCUUUACUUAAAGUGCUACUAAGGCGUCUCCAGUCUACUUUACGCACUACUGAGAUCAUGUUUACUUUCGCUGUCAGUAUGAAUGCCUUUCAUGGAUUUAAUACAUCUGAAAUUUUUGGACUUCUUAUAAAAUCGAGAGAAAGAGUUGCUCGUCUUCUCGACAAAAAUGUUGUGAGUGGUACAGUCAAUGCAAAUACUUUGAGUUAUAUCCAUAAUCAGAUUGUAUCGACUGCUAAAGACUGCUGGUAUAUACAGGAGGUUUGUGCAAGUUUACUAAGCAUUAAGCCAGAUCAAAUCACACCUUAUCUUCAGAAAUAUAUUUAUAGGGAUGGGGAAUUUGUUUCUAUGUUCAAAACUGUUGCCGCAGGCGAUCAAAUAUACAUAUUUAAUUCACUUAGCCACGAGAGAACAGAAAUAGUGGAGCUUAUAACAAAAAAGCCUAACAUUAGAAUUGUAGAUCAUAAUAAGAAAGAUGUUACUAUACAAGUAAAUCCUGUUUGGAAGUAUAACUCGAACAAUGUAAUAAAGAUCUCAAGAAAGCUUUUUAAAAUUGUUUUUGUUAUUCAUAUACCACCGAUGACUUUAGAACUAUUUAAAAUUAAAGACACAUAUGAUACAACACAAAAUACCGCAACAAUUUAUUGUCAAAAAUGUGAAUUUGACAACGAUUAUGGUCAUUAUCCUUACUUUAGUUUCAAUAUUCAACAAAUACAACCAGGGGAUAUACAACUAGAAAAUUACAAGCAUAGACUUAUUUUUGAUGAGGUGUCAGGAUUUUUGAAGACAGUAAUUAAAAAAAGUAGCAACAUGGAAAAAAUGCUUGUGUUAGACUAUGGAGCAUUUAAGAGUUCUGAUGAGAAUGCUGGGAUGUUUUUAUUCAAUACUGAUGUAAAAAGACCUCUUCAAGAUAUAUUAGCACUGUAUAGAACUGAGGAAAACAAGAAACUUAUAAUAAUUAUAGCUGGACAAGUUACUACGGAACUUAUUUCAAUUUACGGUCUUUUUCUUCAACAUACCGUAAAAAUAUUCAAUCUUCUCAAUACACCCUUGUCUAACGCUAUUUACGUUGACACUAAAGUAGAUUACGAAAUAUCGCCGAAAAAUAGAGAACUAGAAUUGUUUCUGUCCAUUCAAACUGAUAUAAGCAAUGGUAAUAAUCCAGAAUUAUACACUGAUAAUAACGGAUUUCAAUAUACUAGACGAGUACUGAACAUAAGCAGACGCAUAGAGUCAAAUAUGUAUCCUAUAACAAACAUGGUAUACAUACAAGACAGUAAGAAUAGGUUAACGCUUAUAACUGAUCACACGCAGGGAGUGACUGCAUUACAAGAGGGUCAAUUAGUUGUAGUAUUAGAUAGGAGGAUCCUGUUUAACGACGGUAGGGGCACACACGAGGGAUUAGCAGAUAGUAUUGUGACAUCUCACCGUCACAUAAUAUUGAUGGAGGGAUUCGUAGAAUCUACCAACUACUUUGGAUACUACUCGUUUGAUAACAAUCUCAAAUUGCCUAGUCGGCCGGCCGUGUAUUUGGCGAACUGCAUGAAUUAUCUUCUUGAGAUAUUUAUGAAUAGUAGGAAAAAUAGCGACUUUUCCUAUUAUGCUUUUUUGCCAAUGAUAAAAAUGUCAUUUCCUUGUGACGUUUCAGUGAUUAAUUACAGGACAAUAUUAAAUAGAGGCAUACAUAAUGACGCUCCUAAUUCUGCUCUGUUAAUUUUGUAUAGACAGAUGGCUUCAUGCCGAAUAGAAAACGCUGAUCUACAAUGCAAUGGAGAUAGUAGUUUCUCUGUAGAAAAAAUCCUUCGAAGUAUAAAAUCAGUGUACAGGACAAAUUUGGUUGGAACCGACGAAGGUGUGCCUCAAAAUACGUGUAGUCUAGGAAACUUUCCUCCGAUGGAACUGAUUACAUUGCGAGUGUUCUUUUAA